CGAAGACGUAAUACUAUGUGCAUAUGCUUCUUCCACAUAACGCCCCGUUUCUGGUUUGCAGUCUAAAUCCGAUGACAGUCAAUUUUGCAUACGUUUCAUUUUUGCAGAUAUGACAAAUCAAUCUCGUGCAUGGAAAUACAUAAAUAUGCGCCCGCAGCCCCCAAACUCGUUCGGGAGUCCUACUUUGCAACACUUUGAUUCACGCCGCACGAAUCCCCCUGGUCUGAGUGAGCUUUAAUCCCCAGAAAUCCUCUUAGUCAAUUGUACGAACUCAAACACUUGAAGAAAUUACAUCACCCCAUGUUUCGUCAAAUAUUGAGAGACUCCUUUUGGGGCCAAAUUAUAUAUCAUCUUUCCAAGCGAAAGGUGCUCGCUUACAAAGAAGAUUCGCCCACAUAUGUUAUUCCGGAGAUUUAUGAUGAGCUAGCUCGGGCGAAAGAAAGGUCCAUUUCAGUUUCAAAUUCUGUUGAUCCUGAGAGACAAACAUUAUCGAAUUCUGGGACAAAUGCGGAAUCUAGCAGUGAAUCAACGAACACUAUUACAAGCAAUAAAAUUAUCGUGACGUGGGACGGUGAAGACGAUCCCGAAAACCCAUACAAUUGGCCUGUCCUUUACAAAGUUUUAUUCAUUUUGAAAAUUGGUCUUUUAACAGCAUUUGUGUACAUGGCCUCUGCUAUUUACACCCCUGGCUUAGACCAAAUUAUGGAAUCUAUGCAAGUGGGGAGGGUCUUAGCAACCUUACCCUUGACCCUUUUCGUUUUCGGCUACGGAAUUGGACCAAUGGUCUUGUCGCCAUUAUCCGAAAAUGCGCGUUUUGGAAGAACAUCAAUCUAUGUUGUCACGUUGUUUAUUUUCUUCAUUUUACAGAUUCCUACAGCGCUAGUCACUGAUAUUGCUUCUUUGAGUGUUUUGCGUUUUCUUGCUGGAUUCUUCGCCAGUCCUUGUUUGGCCACAGGUGGUGCUAGUUUGGGUGACAUCACUGCUAUUCCAUAUAUGCCUAUGGCACUUUCUGGAUGGUCUGCCGGAGCCGUUGCUGCCCCAACUUUAGGGCCUGUAAUUGGUGCUGCUCUUGUUGUUGCAGGUGGCUACCACUGGCCAUUUUGGUUUGUGUGCAUUUCUUCCGGGGCUCUCUUCUUAGUUUUGAGUUUUUUCCUUCCAGAAUCCUAUGGCAAGACCAUCUUGUACAGAAAGGCUGAAAGAUUGAGAGCCCUCACUGGUAACAUGAAUAUCACGAGUGAAGGUCAUAUUGAAAAUGAGGCCAAAGAAUGGGGCAAGGUUUUAGUUGAGACAUUUUGGCGUCCCUUCGAGAUCAUGAUUUUCGAGCCUGUUGUCUUACUCAUUAACAUUUACUUGGGCCUUUUGUAUGCUAUCAUAUACUUGUGGUUUGAAGCAUUUCCAAUUGUGUUCUUUGAAAUGUAUGGCUUUACAUUGGUCGAGAUGGGUGCAAGUUAUAUUUGUCUCAUUGUCGGAAUCUUUGUUGGGUUCUGCUUCUAUCUUCCGGUGAUUUACAAGAUAUUUACUAAGAGAAUCCUCAGAGGUGAUCAGGUGACCCCAGAGGUGCUUUUGCCUCUCUGUAUUGUUGGAAGCGUGAUGUCUCCAACUGGCUUAAUUAUUUUGGCAUGGACUGCAACACCUUCUGUACAUUGGAUUGUCCCAAUGAUUGGUGGCGGCUUGUUUAUGUGUGGCGCAUUCAUCAUUUACCAAACUAUGUUCAACUACAUUGGCAUGUCAUUUUACAGGUUUUUGGCGUCUGUGUUUGCCGGAAAUGCCUUUUUCCGUGCCAUGAUGGGAGGCGCAUUUCCUCUCUUUGGAAGAGCCAUGUUCACAAAUUUGAGCACUAGCAGAUUCCCUGUCGCAUGGGGCACAAUGAUUUUGGCAAUCAUAAUGUGGAUUAUGGUUCUCAUUCCAGUUUUGUUUUACCUUAACGGACCCAAGUUGAGAGCCCGUUCCAAAUACGCCAACUAAAGAAACUUCUUGGUGCAUUGAGCAUAUCUCGGAUAAAGGCUGAGAUUUAUAGAAUAAUAGAAACACAAUGCUUUGAAUUCCACGGGAUAUAGGUUUACCACCAAACCCUUCGGUAAAUGGCACCCAGUCUUCAACAUAAAUUGAACAUUCGGGUCUUCAUAGACAACAGGUUUCAGCGAUUCUAUGAAUAUGUAACACAACAAACUGCCUUCAUGGCAGCGUCUGAUAUGGCCUUUUUCGAAAAGACGAGUUGUCAAAAACACCUUUCUUUUCAAAUUUUUACAUUUGCUAAAUGAUUCGCAAACCUCCGGCUCAUGACUUGUGAUGCCUGAGAAGAUAGUUAUUG